AUGGCAGAGAAUAUAGACGAUUUACAAACUCUCCUGGAAAUCAUUAACAGAGAAAGCAAAAAGAUGGGACUAACAAUGAAUAUAAAUAAAACCAAAUACAUGGUGAUCUCAAAAAACCCUGUUGACAACAUACAACUGACAUUGGAGGGUAAACCCCUAGAGAGAGUCGACAAAUAUAAAUACCUCGGAGCAAUUAUAAACUCACAGUUAGAUCAAGAGCAGGAGAUAAAGGUCAGAAUAGAAAUAGCUCGGAAAGGCUUUAUAAAAUACAAGUCAAUGUUUACAAAUAAGAAAUUGAGUAUGGCCAUCAGAUUCAGGUUCGUCGAAUGUAUGUUUGGUCGCAACUACUAUAUGGGGUAGAAGCUUGGAUUCUGAAAGCCCAAACUAUAAAAAAAAUUGGAGGCAUUCGAAAUGUGGCUAUAUAGGCGUAUUUUCAAGAUUCCUUGGACUGCAAAAGUCUCAAAUGAGGAAGUAUUAAGACGAGUUGGACAUGGCAGAAAGCUUAUGAACACAAUUAAAAUAAGAAAAACAUCGUAUCUGGGCCACAUACUCCGAAACGAUAAAUACUCUCUGCUUCAAGUCAUCAUUGCAAGGUAGAGUAGCGGGAAGAAAAGGCUUGGGAAGAAAGAAGAAAUCUUGGCUGAGGAAUAUCAGAGAUUGGACUAACCUCAGUGUUGAACAGAUAUUUCACGUUGCAAAAGAUCGAGAAGCGUUUAAAGAAGUGAUCGCCAACCUUCGUUAG